CGCCGCUGAGGGCGGCCAUGGCCGGCCCGGCCCCGGGGAGCCUCGGCCGCGCCGCUCCCCGCCUCCCCGCGAGGUUCCCUCCGGGAAACGGCGCCAGUGGAAAUUAAAUACCUCCUGCCGGAGUUGGUUUCCUCGCCUGGGCUUGCUGCCGCGUGGCGGGAGAUGAGCAGGGACCUCAGGGGCGGGGGAUGCGCGCGGGGCAGAGGCUCGCAGCGGUGGCGCGGAGGAUGGAGAGGAGCGUGGAGAGGAGGAGGAGGAGGAUGGCGAGGCAGAGGACAGAAGGGAGAGCCCAAAAGGAUGCCCGACCCCGCAAAACCUCGACUAGUCCAAUCAACGAUGGAACAAUUUAUUCCCUAUAAGGGCUGGAAACUUUAUUUCUCUGAAGUUUACAAUGACAAGUCUCCUUUUGUCCAGAAGACUCAAGCCUUUGAAAAGUUCUUUGUGCAGCGUAUUGAGCUUUAUGACAAGGAUGAAAUAGAAAGAAAAGGAAGCAUUCUCGUGGAUUAUAAGGAGCUAAUCCAGGACAGGGAGCUGACUAAAUCGCUACCAGACAUAUCUGCCGAGCUAAGGGACAUGCCUCAGAAAAUACUGCAGUGCAUGGGGCUGGCGAUUCACCAGGUGCUCACCAAGGACCUGGAGAGACACGCAGCAGAGCUGCAGGUGCAGGAGGGUUUGCCCCUGGAUGGGGAGCCUAUCAUAAACGUGCCUCUCAUCCACGCCAGGGUGUACAACUACGAGCCCCUAACGCAGCUGAAAAACGUCCGGGCCAACUGCUACGGCAAAUACAUCGCCCUGCGUGGCACCGUGGUGAGGGUCAGCAACAUCAAACCCCUGUGCACCAACCUGGCCUUCGUCUGUGCCGCCUGUGGGGAUGUGCAGAGAGUCCCUCUCCCCGACGGGAAGUACACCCUGCCCACCAAGUGCCUUGUUCCCGAGUGCCGGGGCCGGUCCUUCACAGCUGACAGGAGCUCUCCUCUAACCACCACGGUGGACUGGCAGUCUGUCAAGGUGCAGGAGCUGAUGUCGGACGACCAGCGGGAAGCGGGACGGAUCCCGCGCACCAUCGAGUGCGAGCUGGUGCAGGAUCUGGUGGACAGCUGUGUCCCAGGAGACAUGGUCACAGUCACGGGCAUAGUGAAGGUGUCAAGCACCGAGGAAGGAGCUUCUAAAAAUAAGAAUGACAAGUGUCUGUUCUUAUUGUACAUCGAGGCAAAUUCUGUCAGCAACAGUAAAGGACAAAAACUGAAGAAUUUUGAUGAUGAGACUUUUCAGAGAUCGUUUAUGGAAUUUUCCCUUAAAGACCUCUAUGCCAUCCAAGAAAUUCAAGCUGAGGAAAAUCUGUUCAAGCUCAUUGUGAACUCUCUUUGUCCUGCAAUCUAUGGCCACGAGAUUGUGAAGGCAGGUUUGGCCCUGGCCUUGUUUGGAGGAUGCCAGAAGUUUGUGGAUGACAAGAACAGAAUCCCAGUGCGAGGAGAUCCACAUGUCCUGGUUGUUGGAGAUCCAGGAUUAGGAAAAAGUCAAAUGUUGCAGGCCGUGUGUAACGUCGCUCCUCGAGGUGUGUAUGUCUGUGGUAACACUUCCACCAGCUCUGGCCUGACUGUUACACUGUCCAGGGAUGGCACUUCUGGAGAUUUUGCCUUGGAAGCUGGUGCCUUAGUGCUUGGAGAUCAAGGGAUUUGUGGAAUAGAUGAAUUUGACAAGAUGGGAAACCAGCACCAGGCUUUGUUGGAAGCCAUGGAGCAGCAGAGCAUCAGCCUGGCCAAAGCUGGCAUCGUUUGCAGUCUGCCAGCUCGGACAUCCAUUGUUGCUGCAGCAAACCCCGUCGGAGGACAUUAUAACAAAGCCAAAACAGUGUCUGAGAACCUAAAAAUGGGGAGCGCCCUGCUGUCAAGAUUUGACCUGGUGUUCAUCCUGCUGGACACGCCCAACGAGGACCACGACCACCUGCUGUCCGAGCACGUGAUGGCCAUGCGGGCCGGCCGGCGCGCCGCCUGCAGCAGCGCCACGGUCACCAGGGCCAGCAGCUCCCAGGAGCGCUCUGUCCUCCAGGCCACCUCAGAUCGACCCCUGCUGCAGAGGCUGAAGAUCUCAACAGGAGAAAACUUUGAUGCCAUUCCCCAUCAGCUGCUGAGGAAGUACGUCGGAUAUGCUCGGCAGUACGUGCACCCAAAGUUAUCCCCCGAGGCUGCACAAGUCCUGCAGGAAUUCUACCUGGAGCUCCGGAAGCAGAACCAAGGAGCAGACAGCACCCCCAUCACCACGAGGCAGCUGGAGUCCCUGAUCCGACUGACAGAGGCACGAUCAAGGUUGGAAUUAAGAGAGAAAUCUACCAAGGAAGACGCUGAGGAUGUAAUAGAGAUAAUGAAAUACAGCAUGCUGGGGACCUACUCGGAUGAGUUUGGAAAGCUGGACUUUGAGCGUUCCCAGCACGGCUCUGGGAUGAGCAAUCGCUCACAGGCCAAGAGGUUCGUGUCUGCCCUGAGCAGCGUUGCAGAGAGGACCUACAACAACCUCUUCGACCUGCAGCAGCUGCGGCACAUCGCCAGGGAGCUGCAGAUACGGGUGUCUGAUUUCGAAAGCUUUAUUGGAUCCCUAAAUGAUCAGGGAUAUCUUCUGAAAAAAGGUCCAAGGGUUUAUCAGCUCCAGACCAUGUGAGAGGAGUCACUGUGCUGAACUUCCUUGGGAUGAUCAUUCCCCUGGAGAGAAGGAUCUGCAGCAGGGAGGCACAUCCUGAGCUGAGCUGCACCUGCCACAGCACUGGGCUCUGCUGGGCUGGACAUUCCCCGGCAGGGAAUGAAACUGCAAAGCUGCAUCAGGAGUGCAAGGUGUGUCUUUAUACUGUUAGAGUGCCAGAAAGGGACUUUACUUCUAAAAGAGAUGCUGGACCCAAAAAUCUCUCAGGAGAGGAUGAUACGAGCUGUACUUUCAGCGCUGUAGUUCAUUUCAGGUGUAGAAAUGUUUCCAAAAGUUGUUUUAUAGCUGUUACAAAAUGACACUUCAUUGAAACUGACUUAUUUUCUGCUUUGAAACGUGGUCUUUGGAACCAAGGUUCUAUUUGAAAUCCAAGUCUGAUUUAAGAAAAUACCCUUAUUGCAAUGUUUAAUUUGUAAAGCAGGGAUUGGAUUUUGACUUUCAUUAAACUUUAUAUGUGAGAA